AUAGAACUCCACCACUAGCUUGAGUCAAAGAAAUUCAAGCACCACAGCACGGCACUGCCCAUGCCACCGGUCCCUGCUGAGAGGCUGAAAAAGGAGAUCGAAUGGCUGUUGAAGUGGCGGGAUGAAGACGUGCGAGCGGGCCAGGGCCUGGGCCACUUCCGCAGCAGCUUGGAGAAGGUGAUUGGAUUGGAGAAGGGGGCCUUGGAAGAAGACAAGGAUUUGAUCACCAUCUUGCUGCAGGAAGCCAUGAAACAGGAGCGUGGGGCGCGAUCGGAGGACAUCGAGAUGGAGGUUGAAGGUGAGGAAGCUGAUGGCAGGGGAUCCAGUUGGUAUGCCACGCGUCGGUGGAUCCUGAAAGCCGAGGAGCAAAGGCGACCCUUGAGGCCACUACUCUCACAGAUGUGGUCGGAAGAGCAUCAGAUACCGCAGAGUGCUCUGGACUUUGACACGUGGGUGGACAAAAAGUGGAUUCCACUGGGGGAGGCUUCAGCUCAGGACUUGGGCUGGACUGGCGCCCGCCCACUACGGUUCUUCGCCUAUCCGACGGAUCCAGCCUUCGCGGAGUCCGAGCUUGGGCUGUCCACGGAAGAUCAUCCAGCCGAGCCGCGUGAGUGGCCACCACCGGAGCCGACGGUAAGCCUGGCGGCGGUGCCAGAGGAGCCAGAAGUGAAAGCUACAAAGGUACGGAAGGUGCGAAAGAAGAGUAAGAUGAACUUGAGCAGCGUCCCUGCCGGUGAAGAUGAUCCCAUCGAGUUCCAACAGGCGAAUCCCAAGAAGAUCUCCGCCAAACAGGGCUCCCCUUAUGACCGUUACGAGCACUACAAGGUAGUUUGCCGAAGUGGUGCGGUUUCUACAACGGAGAUGGUGCCAGCCUUAACCUGGAGAGGCAUGCUUUGCGGCCUUGGGAACCGGGGAAAGAUUGGCUCUUCAUGGCUCUUCCAGAUCGCGAAACUACUUCAGACUCUCCAUCAGAGGUUGGAACAUUGUGGCUGGAGAUGCUUUCCAUGUCACAUCCAUCUGGCCUGAGCCGCAUGCUGGAGGUUGAUUUACCAGGAUUCCCCUUUCUUUGUCUACCCUACACCUCCGAGUAGAUAGUAGAUGGCCAGACCUUUUUGAACCAAGGCAAUGGACAUGACACUUAAUCAAUUCAGGACUGUAAUGAGUAUAAAUAUACUUGUUUCAUCUUUAUUCGGUAGAUGUUGUAGGCGCUGGCACUCGCACAAGUUUGCACAUCCUGUGUCUUUUCCCGUUGCUGCACCAUUUACUCAAGCUUUUACGCUG